CGCGAUUUUAGACCAAGAGCAAGUUCAUGUUUGAAUUAAGGCAAUCCACAUGGAGUGCAGUCCAAAGUUGCGUUGCAGAAUGCAAACCUCUACCUCCGCCCGAUAUUAAAUAGUAAAUCCAUUCUAUAAGCGUUUCAUACAACGACUUUAUAAACGCUAAGUCAACUUAUAAUAACUCUAUGUAUGAGCGGGAGCAGUAUACGACUCAGUAUGGUAACUUCAGUGGUAGAGUCAACUGGGCCUAUUGUUUUCUGGAGGUGGACUCACCGUUUGGAAAGCACUACUUGCAAGGGGACGGGUCUUCAGCUGGACUGUUAGAGAACAUCGUCAUCACUUUCGACGAUAAAGGGCGUCAUAACCUCCAAGAUCAGAGCGGCGACCAGUGGACGAUGUUCGGACGACGGGGCAGCGAGUUGCUCCUCAUGAGGGACUGUUCUGGAGAGGCAGUCGCCGUGUUCGCCCGAGCCCCCUACUGGCCGUCCACCACGGACUUGUACGCCAUCUUGCAUCGCAGCGGGAUUACACAGCUGACCAGACAACGCGUACUAUGCGAACCCCUGGACUUGCCUACCAGACACUGUUUUAUGAAUAACUACUAUACAACCAAAAAGGUAGAAAUACCUUAAAAUUUGUUUAUACCUGUCCAUGUUGAUGAUGGAGAUGAAAGUAGUAAGGGUAAUCGAUAAUGUAUU